UAGUCGAGUCUGCUACUACAUGCGAAGCGGAUAAUUUUUUAAAAUUUCGUUUGUUAUAUAAUAGAGUUCAAAGCUUUUAGUGAAAUUUUUGUGAAAAUGGCAAAUAUUGUCCCGCAGACGUGCAGAAAUGCGUUUAAACAAGUCAGAGCAUUGCACGUGUCGGCGGGACAAAAUAGCGAAGCAAGAUUGAAGACGUUUUCCGUCUAUCGUUGGAAUCCUGACACUCCUAGUGAAAAACCUAUCAUGCAAGACUACAAGGUCGACUUAAACUCAUGUGGUCCCAUGGUCUUGGAUGCUUUGAUAAAAAUAAAAAAUGAAAUCGAUCCGACUUUGACUUUCCGACGAUCUUGUCGAGAAGGAAUUUGCGGAUCUUGUGCUAUGAACAUUGGCGGAACAAACACUCUUGCGUGCAUCAGCAAAAUCGACACCAAUGUGAACAGUGUUAGUAAGAUUUACCCCUUACCACACAUGUAUAUAAUUAAGGAUUUGGUUCCGGAUAUGAGCAACUUUUAUAAUCAAUAUCGUAGCAUUGAACCCUGGCUUCAACGGUCUGAUAAAAAGAAAGGAUCGACCCAACAGUAUCUUCAGAGCACGGAAGAUCGCCAAAAAUUGGAUGGAUUGUACGAAUGCAUUCUCUGCGCUUGCUGCAGUACUUCCUGCCCUUCUUAUUGGUGGAACGGAGAUAAAUACCUGGGACCUGCUGUUCUCAUGCAGGCUUACCGAUGGAUUAUUGAUUCUCGAGACUCUCAAUCUACGGAACGAUUGGAAAAGUUGAGAGACCCUUACUCUGUUUUCCGGUGUCACACAAUUAUGAAUUGCACGAGAACUUGUCCAAAGGGACUGAAUCCUGGAAAAGCGAUCGCAGAAAUUAAGAAACUUUUGGGCAACAUUGCUCAAAAACCAGAACCGGGUCUCAACACAACAGCUUUGCAAAGUUAAAAAGAAAAAAGAGAAUUAGUUCUGCCACAAUAAUGGCUGAUUGUUGAAAUCGGCAAUUUGUAAUUAAUAUAAUUUAUUUGCCAAAAAGAAAGGAUCUUUCAGGUGCGUUAUUAAAUAUCUAGACUGGAUUUAAUAAAAGGAUCAUUCGAUACAGUAAAAA